AGACCGCCGAGGAAAGGGAAUUUGUGCAUCUCGUUUUUCCGACACCAGGGGCGCUACGAGAGCGCUGAAUAGUAGUAUACAUACAUAAACAUAACCCAUUUCUUUCCAAUGUUGUGUAUAUACGCAACACGAAGUUUAUAUAAUUAAUUAUCAGUAAUUUUUUUUUUCACGAAGUGUUAGACUAAUUGUGAAAUAAGUUCAUUUUGACUGCAUUUUGAGAAGUUAAACUUCGUGUUGCGUAUACGCAACAUUGGGAAGAAAUGGUGGGUUAAGUAUGCAACAUCGGUGCAUCGUCAUCAGUGGGAUAUACAUUAGUGAUUGAUUAGGAUUUUUUUGAUUAAACAUCAGUGAUUGAUUAAGAAUAUAUACAUACAUUAAGCGCGCAACAUCGGUGCAUCGUCAUCAUCAGUGGGAUACAUUAUUGAUUGAUUAGGAUAUUUUUUGAUUAAACAUCACUGAUGAUUAAGAAUUUACGAAUUUGCGCAGAAAGAAGCGUCGGACAUUCCUGCUAUAGAAAAUCUCAAGGACUUCACACCGCCGCGAAAAAAGAAAAAAGCAUCGGUUGUGGUCUAUGCAUUGCCGGAAAAUACAACUUAAGAAGGACUCGGGUGUUAAUCACGUGCACAAUUUUGCACCUUGUGAUCAUUCCGGCUGUCAGUGUGAUAAUUCAUGCCCAUGUAUACAAGCACAAAACUUCUGCGAGAAGUUUUAUCAGUGCAGCAGCGAAUGCCAGAACAGAUUUCCUGAGUGAAUAUUGCGGCGAAAUUAUCAGUCAAGACGAAGCUGACAGGAGGGGAAAAGUAUAUGAUAAAUAUAUGUGUAGUUUCCUUUUUAAUCUUAACAAUGAUUUUGUUGUAGUCGUGACACGGAAAGGGAAUAAAAUAAAGUUCGCUAAUCACUCGAUAAAUCCAAAUUGUUAUGCGAAAGUGAUGAUGGUGAACGGUGAUCAUAGAAUAGGUAUUUUUGCUAAGAGAGCGAUUCAACCUGGUGAAGAAUUAUUUUUUUACUAUAGAUAUGGACCAACAGAACAAUUAAAAUUCGUCGGUAUCGAGCGAGAAAUGGUGUUUCUCUAAUAUAUGUAUAUAUAUUAUAUGGACUUUUACACAUAUAAAUGGUGCAUCAAGCGGAUACAUACAGCUGAAAUAUUAGAAAGGAAAUAAGCACUGCCUGAUUUCAAAUUUAUUAUGAAGGGGAGUAAGUGCCGGCAAAAGUCGAGUGAUUUGGAAGGUUCAUCGUGAACGUGGGGGAGCAGGACGCGGCCAGUUUAUUAAAAAUUAUUUUCAUUUUAAAUAAAA